AUGGACCAAUUUGCCAAAGACAGUGCUGAGCCUCGUCCCAACCCUUACAACCAGGGGUACCUAGCUAAUGGCGCGGUCCCGCACCAGACCGUCCCCGUCCCGGGCGCGACCCCUCUGCUUCCGAACCAAGGCCGUGUUAUCCAGAGCGGCCCUAUCCGAGUUCUCUGCAUUGCCGACGUGCGAGGCAACCUCCGCUCCCUAAACGACCUGGCCAAGUCUGCACGUGCUGACUACAUCAUACACACCGGCGACUUUGGUUUUUAUGAUGAGACGUCUCUGGAACGAAUUGCCGACAAGACCUUGAAGCAUGUUGCCCAGUACUCGCCCCUGAUAACCGAGGUGACGAAGAAGGCGAUUGCACAAGGCGUUUCUGCUCCGGUUAAGACCCGAUUCCACCCAAGCGAGCUCCCCCUCUCCGAGCUCCCCCUGCUCAUCAGCGGCGAGAUCAAGCUCGAUGUCCCGGUUUACACUGUGUGGGGUGCCUGCGAGGAUGUGCGCGUGCUGGAGAAGUUCCGGUCCAAGGAGUACAAGGUGCCGAACCUCUUCAUCAUUGAUGAGGCGCAGUCGAUGCUACUCGAGGUCGGCGGCGUGAAGCUCCGUCUGCUUGGUCUAGGUGGUGCCGUUGUGAUGCACAAGCUUUUCGACAAUGGCGAAGGGCGCACUACUAUUGCCGGUGGCCAGGGAACGAUGUGGACGACCCUGUUGCAGAUGGGCGAGCUUGUGGACACAGCGAACCGCGUGUACGACCCGACCGAGACCCGCAUUUUCAUCACCCACGCGUCGCCCGCCCGUGAGGGUAUCUUGAACCAGCUGUCCGUCACUCUCAAGGCUGACUUCUCCGUAUCGGCCGGUCUCCACUUCCGCUACGGAAGCUCCUACAACGAGUUCAGCGUCAACCCGACCCUGGAUCACUACCGCGGCAAGCUGGCCGCGUCCAAGGCUUCGUUCAACGACGUGUGGGAGACGGUCAAGGGCGAGGUGGAGCCGGCCAUCAGCCAGGUGGAGGCCCAGCAGACCUUGCUUAAGAACGCUCUGGCUGUUGUCGAGAAGAUGCCCACGACUGCGGCGGGCGGCAACCCGUUCGGGGGCGCUGCUGCGGGCCAGUCUGCCCAGGCUCUGGGCCAGGUGGACGAGAGUGCUUUCAAGAACAUGUGGAACUUUAACCUUGCGGACGCCGCCUUUGGCUGGCUGGUCCUGGAGAUCCAGGACGGGCGUAUCGGAACUGAGAUGCGGGCUCAAGGGUUCAACUUCUCUCACCGUGGAGCCAAGCAACAGCCUGGUGUGCAGCCCGCGCCGCCCGUUGCCGCAGGCACUAGCCCGGUCGCGCCCUCGGGCCCGUCGGUACCACCGGCCGCCGCGCCCGCUGCCCAACCGAGAGCCGCUGUACCUGCGCAGCCCUCCAGGUCCAACGCCCCGACGCCUGCUCCGGCGCAAGCCAAGCCGGCCACACCCCAGCCUCCCCAGGCUGCUUCCCCCGCGCCCAAGGAGGACAAGCCCGCGGCGGCUGCUACUGCUGCCAGCGCUGCCGCUGCUGCUAACGGCACGGCUAACGCCCCCGACUCCUCUGCGCCCAAGAACCCGGCGGACAACAUCAUUGGCCUCUUCAUUAUGAAUGCACAGAGCGACGAUCAAGUCCGUGACCUUUUUGGCGAGGAAGACAAGGCCAAGAUCAUCAAGAUCGACCGAUGGGGUGCCAACAACAAGGUGGCCCAGUUCAAGACGACCGAGGAACGUGACGCCGCCCUGGAGCGCCUACCCGACGACGUGAAGAACCGCGCCCCCGGCCAAGAGGACCGCUCCAAGCCGCUGGUCAAGAUCUUUGCGCCCCCCCCUUCGCGCCACAUCUCGCGUGGCGGUGCCGGCAACUGGGGCAGCAGCCGCGGUGGACGGGACGGUGGGGCCCAGCAGAGCGGCUACCGCAGCGCCGGCGGCGGAGGUGCUAGUGACAGCGAAGGCGCCGGGCGUCGCGGUGGACGUGGAGGCCGUGGAGGCCGUGGUGGUGACCGAGGAGGCCGUGGCGGCCGUGGCCCGCGAGGCGGUGGUGGAAAAGGUGACGGAGCCAGCCCUGCUCCUGCUGCUGAGUAG